GGUGACGAUGGGGCGAGGCGCGCGUGAGGGCAGUCUGCGGCUGUUCAGGAUUCCACGUGGCACUGACGCACCAUGUGGAAGGAGAACAGGUGGCGGCGUUUCAUUGAAUCGUGGCAUGGCAAUUACGGCCGCAGCCUCAUCUCGCUGCAUGUGCCUCAUCUCGCCAUCGCUGCACCCGCCUCACCCCCGUCCCCAUCCUCGUCUGCCCCCGCCACCGCCACAUCCGCCUCCUCCCCUGGCCCUGUGCGCGUGGCGAGGGAGGGCGUGCGCGUGCGAGUGCGGGGCAGCGCGGUGCACCUGACGAGCAUGGGGGGGCUCUUCCUGCACGAGAGGGUCAGCUGGGGCCAGGAGUGGGUGGACCAGUUGCGCGCCGACACGUGGAUGCAUGCCUUCAGCUUCGGCGCAGCGCAGCAGCAGCAGCAGGCAGAGGGCGAGAGGCCGGGGUGGGAGGGCGGUGGGGAGCGGGGCUGCAGAGACAUGGAUGGGAACAGCGGAGUGGGCAGCGCUGCUGGCUCUGCUGCUGCAGCGCAGACAAGAGGGAGCACGGCACAUGCAGAGGACACGAGUGGUGGUGACGGUGCUGCUGACGUCAUUCAAGUGCUGCUGGAUGCAAGCCAUGGCACCGCUGAGGUGAGGCAGGGCACAGGGUUGACCAGGGGACAGGGUUGACCAGGGCACAGGGUUGACCAGGAG